AUGUAUGGAUCGGUUCUGGGCCUCAAGGUGAACCCCGUUUGCAGACAUUUCACGGUCUCUAGAUCUUCAGCUUUAAGACCUUCUGCCAUGAUACUUACUUGUGAUCGGAUCUCAAGGCUAUUCCAUCGUUCUUUCGAAUUCAGUAUGAGAACAGUAGGCAGAUAUUUGGAACGAGCAACUGCGGAGGGCGGGUGGCACGGCCCUGUCUGUCCUCUGUCGGCCAUGAUGCGUCCAUUGAAUAAUGCAGGGUUAAUUCAGACGAGCAGGGACAAAACUGCGCAGUUUUUAAAAGCUUUCCGGAUCGGAUCGACGCCACGGUGGCACACGGUGCCAGCCAAGGCCCCACGCGGCCUCAUCACCCACUUCCAUUUUAUACCAUCCACUCCCCCCAGCAAUCUCACACAUCCCCACACGAACGAUCAAACUCGGAUCCGUCCGCCAGCCAUGGCUCGGCUCGCCGCCCUCCUCCUCGCCUUCGCCGUCGCCGUCUCCGCCACCACGCUGGCCCACGGCCGCGACCUCCCGACCCAGAUCAAGCUGACCAAGGGCGGCGGCGCGGUGGGCGGCGACAGCCAGGAGUGCGUGUACACGGUGUACGUGCGGACGGGGUCGAUCUGGAAGGCCGGGACGGACGCCAACAUCACGCUGGAGCUCUACACGGCGGGCAACGCCGACGGCGUGGCCAUCUCGGACCUGCCGUCGUGGGGCGGGCUCAUGUGGGGGAGCCACUCCUACUUCGAGCGCGGCAACCUGGACAUCUUCAGCGGGCGCGGGCCGUGCAUGGCCACCGCGCCCUGCCGGAUGAGGGUCUCCUCCGACGGCACCGGCGCGCACCACGGCUGGUACUGCAACUACGUGGAGGUCACCGUCACCGGCCCACACCGCGGCUGCGCGCAGCAGCUCUUCACCGUCGAGCAGUGGCUCGCCACCGACGCCGCGCCCUACAAGCUCGAGGCCGUCGUCGACCGCUGCCCCGCCGAUGGCGCCGCCGCCUCGGAGUAA